AAACGAGCUUUCUGUAAUUGUUUUUUUAGGAAUUACUGCAAGCAUCCUGGGUUCUUUGAUUUUUAGCUUUAGUUUUACAACACGCACAGAUGGACCAUGUAUUGCGGGCUAUUUACAGCUUCGGCGCCGGUGUGGUAAUCAACUAUGAAUUUAACGAAUUUGUGCGUGAGCAAAGAGCCAAACGACCCUAUCGUAAAACCUUAGCUUUUCUCGUGGUAUUCGUCCCAUCAUGUAUCCUGUUUGCCUGGGCUAUCAGCCACCUGGUAAUCGGAUUAAACACCGUGCGGGAUUACAGUCGCCUGAACGAAGUAAUUCACAAGAACACACAGAUCGCCCGAGUGGCGUUCAAGCUCAACACAGAAGCAGGCGCGGCGGUUUAUGACCUUAUUGCCAAUGUAAGCAACGCCACUCUCAGCCCCAAACUCGCUGCGUACAAUGCCACCGACACCGAAUUACAGCAACUCCCACUGAUUUGGUCGGACAUCCGUUUCCCUCCACACCGCACCUUCACGUACGAAUCCCUCGAUGAAUUCCUCUUCUUGCUCGCCACCCACCGCACGCGAGACCCGUCCCCAACCCUUGCCGGCAUCCUUACCAAAUGGGCGUGGUAUGUCUCUCUCCUCGCUGAUUUCUACGCGCAGAUCCAGGCGACGUACACCGCCCAUGCGGAUCUACCGGUGUGGCCCAACUAUCUGGACACCGACAUCGCCUUCAUGUUCCACCGGAUGCUCAAUCACAAACGCAUAUUAGGCGCCCUGUUCUUGUACUACGGGAACGCCACCACUCUGGAACCGAAACGGAAUUUGUGGGCGGAUUUCGUCGGCGCCGUGUCGGAGGAGACGAUUCUGUACGGGAGUGCGUUCUAUAUGGCACCGGAGUUUAGAAAGUUCAUCCGCGAUGUACAGACUACGAUGAACGCGGUAGAUUUGACCUUUCUGGGGAAUAUUGACACCAUGCUGCAGAAUAUUUAUCUACCGGCAGAAAAGCCGCUGAAUGUUAAUGUUGCUGCUGGAGCCAAGUAUUUCGUGGAGAACGGGAAGUAUAUGGAGUUGGUGGAAGGGUUUAUGAAGGAGAAUUCUGAGGAGACUUUGCGGAUCCUGAAUGAGAUGGAGGCAUCGGCGUACAGUAAAUGCGCAUGGUCAGGGAUUACCAUCAUGCUGACGAUUGCCGGUGGACUGCUGAAUAUGUUCGCCAUUCGGACGUUUGUGUCGCAUUUCGUCAUGGAAGUCAAAGAUAUCGCGACAGAACACAAGAAUAAAACGCUGGAUCUCCGUAUGGAGCGCCGGAAGACGAACAUGGUGCUGCACUCGAUGCUCCCGCGAAAAGUGGCCGACGAGCUAAAAUUCCGCAAAUUCGUCCGCCCAACGUACCACGAAUCCGUGAGCCUGUACUUCAGCGAUGUGCAGGGUUUCACCGCAUUGUCCAGUCGCAGUACACCGGAGGAAAUUGUGGUCAUGCUGACGGAAUUGUACACCGGUUUUGACGACAUCCUGAAUUCGUACCGAGUGUGGAAACUGGAAACCAUCGGCGAUGCAUACUGUAUUAUCGCGGGGGCAACGAAUCAGGAUGAUUUCAAUUCGCCCAUGGAACACGCCAUGGAAAUGGUCAACUGUUCCCUGUCUAUUCGCGAUUUCAUACGACAUUUCCCCAUUCCGCAUAUUCCCGAUGAAGUUGUGCAGAUUCGCAUUGGGGUGCAUACGGGAAGUAUAGUUGCCGGUGUCGCUGGUGUAGGGAUGCAUCGGUACUGCGUCGCGGGCGACGCGUUGUCCAUCGUGGAGCGUGUCGAAGCCGCCGGGAAACACGGCCGUGUGCACAUCUCCGAAUCCACCAAACGCGCACUAUUUCCCGUGCGCUCAUCCGAAUCCAUCUCCAGCGGCGUGUCCGAAUCCGAGCCAACAUCGGCCGACCAUCCAAACUACGCUCUCUACACCGUGUUCCCCAAUCCCGCAGAGGAAGUGGAACUAGAAGGUCAGAUCAUCAAGACCUUCUGGAUCGACCGGCGAAAGAGCCCCAUUGAGCGGCAAAUCCGUGCCUCCUUCGUCAAACGCCCGUCAACGCCCCAACUGGAAACGAAUGAGGUUAACACAGGGCGUCCGGUGCAUGGCCUGAUGUCGGACUCGGAGAGUGAUCCGCAGCCGAUUGAGGAGACGUCGCGGUUGAGCCGGUUGGGAUCGAAUCUGUUGAGUGCGGUGCGGUACUCGGUAGGGCGCCUGUCACCCGAGAUGCGGCCGCGGAGUAGCCGGCAGGCCGCCAGUUCCCCAGUGGAGAGCACGGCGAGUCAGUUGGAGUUGACGCCCAGUGUCAUGGAGCUGUUCUCGACUGAAUACGAGGGAGAUGCGAGAAGUCCUUCACCCCGCAGUACCGACGCUUAACUGAAUUAUUUUGAAAUGUAUCUUUUGGCGGUUACUCUACUUAAAAACAACGGAAGUACGCGUGGCUGUGCAUGAUGUCAUCAUAUCUACUUGAGGGCGUUGUUUGAUGGUCAUGACAAGAUUUUUCUUUUUUGCAUUUUGCAUGUACAGAUGUACGCUACUUCGUCGCACACAUCGCCUCUUGCGAUAAUCGUGCCUGUAUUAUGAUACGGCUGAAAGAGUGUUCGAACUCGUACUAACGACAUUUCUAAGCCAGCAACCUUUCACUGAUUUUAAUCAACAGUGAUGAAAGGUCAAACGCUCCUACAAAGCGCGUCACAACUAUAAA